AUGGACUGGCAGUUGGAGGUGUCGGCCAUCUUCAGGAGGACGCCUGAGCUGGAGUUCAGCUUGCGAAGAGAUCUUCUGUUCGCACGGAACGGCUUCGCAAUGCCGUUUCCGCUUCGCGAGGACUUUCUGGGUCAACCUGAAGAGUCCCUGCAUUUGCCCAUAUGGGUUCAAUGGGACAGCUGGCAGAAACUCUUGUCUGGGCCUUCCGAGAAUCUAGAGGGUUUCUGGGAACGGGAGAAAGAGCUGAUCUGCGUGCGUGGUGACCUGGUGCACUGGGUGACAAUCGAAGGCCAGCCUCGGCUUGUGCAGCAGACGGGCAACGGAAGGUACUCCAUCGGCCUCAGCGACGGUACGUGGUGUGCUGCUCUGCUUGAAGACGGCCUACUUCGCUGGGAUGACGGAGAUGUUUGGACUCGGCCAGCAGCUGAAAGAUUGGUGGCCGUGACACGUUCCCUGGAGCCGUGGCCUCUCUGCGUCUUGCUGCGCUCUCUCGCGGACUCUCGCGACUUCAGCGCUUCGGUUCUGGAAAACCGAUAUGAGCAUCUGAAAAGGCAUCCGACGUUGGAGUCCGGGCGACUGGCUGAAAGCUAUGCUCUCUUGUUGAAGCUCGUCCCGGUAGAUGUUGGGCUGCGAGAGCGCUUCAAGACAGCCGUGGCUCAGCUUCCCAGGCUCGUGGAGCAAAGGAGGCGACGGUACACUCCAGACUUCAUUCGGCAGAACUUCCAUGUUUUACACGUUGGCCACAGCUUCCUUCACCUGCAUUCUGCCGUGUUGCCAGAUGGGGAGCAAUCGAUUAUGGCAUUCCUCCAGCGAAGCACUUCGAUGGACUUGUUCCGACAGGUUCUGUGCAACGACAUCGCCCAGCUCCACCCGGAAGACUUGUUGGAGGACUUAUUCGCGAUGCCUCCGAGUUCCCUGGCACAGCUCCUGCCGCUGGCCCACUUCGAUGCGGUGGUGAUCCGGAACUGCCCCGCGAAGUUGAGCACACUUGCCCUUCAGAAUUUCGCCUCCAUGCUCAGAGAUGGUGGUGUUCUGAUUGCUUUUCCUGCUUACCUCGAUGAAAAUGCGGAAGUUCCGCAAUCCUUGAAUUCGUGCUGGGUGGAGCCGUCGGCCAGCGAGGAGGGGGCCCUGCUCUUCGGCGAUCUCAACGGCGCUGUCUGGAAAAUGCGACUGCUGCUGCGUGCUUGUCCGCAGGGUUUUAGGCUCGUCCAACUGCUUGGUGGAGUCUGA